CAUUGGCCGGCAGUGAGCUCCGCCUCCCCGCAGGUAGUGUGUGUCGGAGCAGGUGGCGGGCGGCUGGCUGACCUUCACUUGGCAGCAGUCGAAGGAAUGUGAGACACGACCCCUGAUGGAGCGUCUGCCCAGCGCUCUGUCGUGGGUCGGACUCUGACGCGACUACUUCCGACAACACUCGGGAGCCGGAGUGGACCUGCGGCGGCGAGACGGACCUGACGUCGGCAAACGAGAGCGCCGCGAGACGUGCGGCCGGGAGGAAGCUCCUUGUUGCCUUGGCGAUCAGCCUCAUCUUCAUGAUCGGCAAAGUGGUCGGUGGGCAUGUUGCACACAGCCUGGCCGUCAUGACGGACGCCGCACACCUCCUGACGGAUGCGGGCAUCAUCGGCGUGAGCGUCUUGUCUCUCUGGAUCUCAGGCCGCCCGCCCUCUCCCACCAUGACCUUCGGGUGGCAUCGAGCAGAGAUUCUGGGCAUGCUGCUCUCGCUGCUGUCCGUCUGGACCGUGAUGGCGGCGCUGGUCUUCUCCGCCGUUCAGAGGAUCGCAGACGGCGGCGGCGGCUACGACAUUGACGGCGAUUCGAUGCUCCUCACCUCAGGCUGCGCUGUGGCAGCUGACGUCCUGAUGGUGGUGAUCCUCCACCAGUCAGCCAUCAAUCAUGGCCGCAGGCACGGCAACGCCAGCGUGAAGGCCGCCUUCAUCCACGCGGUGGGAGACCUCGUCCAGAGUGUCGGCGUCUUGGUGGUGGUUGCCAUCUUCCACAUGUGGCGGGACUUGCUUGCGUCCUGCCAGUAGCGCGCGUAAGCCCGCUGGAACAUGUCCUUGCACGCCACCCUGGCCUUCAGUUUGGAGCAGAUGAGGAAGGAGCCGGCCAUCUUGCGGUGUAAGGAGUACGUCUCCUCGGGCGGAGGUGCCAGGCGCUCCCUCAGCAUGACGGGGAUCAGGCGGUGGAUGCGCUCCGUCGUGCUCUGAGCGCCGAAGUCGAAGGGCUCCGACGAGGCGAAGGCUUCUCCCAGGAUCAUCACGGCGUCCACGUGGGCGUCCUCCAUGGCCUGAAGGUCAGCACAUCCUCACUAACGUGUGUGUGUGUGUGUGUGUGUGUGUGUGUGUGUGUGUGUGUAUGCGUGUGUGUGCGUGUGUGUGCGUGUGUGCGUGUGUGUGAUCGGCUUUUUGCUUGCUUAUUUUACCUUGGACUCCAAGCCGGUGAGGAAGUUCAUGUCUCUGGAUCUCUGAAGGACGCCUUCUCUGUCCUGCUGGGCUGCCGCCUGGAUCACCUUCACGCCGACAACACAAACUGUUCUUCUCAACGAGGUCACUACCUCACUUUUUGACCAAGUGACGCCGUUAAAAACAUCAAAUACAACUAGAUGAGGACAUUGCUGAAGGAAUGAUGCGUGUGAAUGUUCCAAUGCUGAAGUUGAAGUGAAAUGAAGAACAGAAUGUAGUUUGAAGAAUAGUUUCAAUGUGGGAGAGUUUGAAUUUCCAGGAAAACCGGAAUUAGGCCUGGAACUUAGGAAAGUGUUAGUUGGAAUGUGCAGGAUGAGUGGAGAGUGUUGAUGUUGGAAUGCUUUUGUGGAAGUUUGAAAAAUGACAAAUUCAUUUUGAAUGGGAAAAAUGUCCCGGAAAACCUGGAAUUCUGGGAUAUAUUAAAAUUAGUCAAGGAAAAGCCAGAAUAGGCUGAAUAGUUUGAAGUUGGAACGCUUUGUAUCGGGUGAAAAAUGUGGAGAAUAAUUUCAGUGUAAAAGCAUAAAUGUGUGAAUGUUUUCAUACAAAAUCUAAAGAAGAAUAGAAGAAUUUCAGUGUAAAAUGUGUGAAUGUUUCCACACAAUAUCUUAAGAAUAAAUAAAUUCAUUUCAGUGUAAAAGCA